AUGCUAUUUCCAGAAACGGAGUACAGAAAGAUGCCAGCCUUAUAUGAGAUGGAUGACUAUGAUCUUUGCAUGACAGAAGGCGAUGAGGGUACAUAUUGCUUGGUCGAUUUCGACCUCUUCUCCAGACAGAGAUCGGCACUGAUGAAUUUUAUACAGCAAUACUCAGCCCACACAAAAAAGCACUUCAAUCACACACAAAUACACAGGGCCGUGUGUGUUACGACGACCUGCAAAAAUUACCUACCCACAAAUAAAACAGUGGACCUAAACGCGAGCCUUGAGGCAUGCAUCAAUGAAACAAUAUGGCAGUCUUACCACAUAGAAGCUAAAUUUAGUAAUAUACAGUAUUGUAAUAAGAAGGGUGAAAAGAAAGAGGUUACAAAGGGCGAUAUAUUAGUUGUUGGAGUUUUCGGGAUAAUAAUCGUGUUAAAUAUGGUCGGCACUUUCUAUGAUAUUAUCGUCUCUAAAUCGGAAAAUAAAGCAGGGAAUCGAUUCCUUCUAGCACUUUCAUUGAAAAAGAAUUGGGAUAGAAUGGUUGCCCCAUCCGGUAAGGGCCCGGAUUCUAGAUUAGAGAGACUGAGAGUGAUCAACGGGUUGAGGUCAAUGACCAUGGUGUGUGUUAUAUUCUCGCAUACCGUACUCACGAUGGCAUUUUCAUAUGUUGAGAACCCUCUAUACUUGGAAAAGGCAUAUGAUGACCCUCUGAAGCAUAUUCUAUACAAUGGUACUCUAGUUACGUGCACAUUCUUUGUCAUGUCUUCCUUCCUUCUGGUGUUCAAUUUCCUGAUUUAUACUGAAAAUCAUCAAGUUAGCCUGUGGGACUUUCCGAAAGGAGUGGUCUUGCGAUGGUUGAGGUUAACACCAUCAUAUGCUCUCAUGAUAGCCUUGAUAGCGACCCUGAUCCGUCACUUCGGCAACGGGCCUCUAUGGAAGAUGGUCGUGGAAAGCGAGUCGAUAGCCUGCCAGAAGAAAUGGUGGACCAAUAUUUUAUACAUCAAUAACUACACGUUUGAUGACGUCAAUUGCAUGCCGCAGUCUUGGUACCUAGCCGCUGACACUCAGCUGUUCACCCUAACACUGCUGAUACUCCUGGUUGCAAGAACACCUCGCGCCAGAAACAUCGCAGUCAUCUUGAUGUUUAUCGUAUCAUUAGUUGUGUUAGCCGGCAUCACAUAUUUUAAUGAUCUAGAUGCCACGAUUAUACAAAGCCCUGAAACCUACCGAAGGCUCUAUGCGGAGAAUUAUACUUUCCGGUUGAGUUACAUUCCUGGCCACGCAAAUAUAUCUGCGUAUGUCUUCGGUUUUAUCGCUGCAAUACUAGUGUAUCGCUGGCAUGAUGAGAAAAAGGAUAUAAGUAAAUAUAGAAAAUACCUAUGGGCAUAUUGGUUGCUGUGCCCAGCUGGUGUAGCAGUCAUCCUGUCUGGUGGACUCUUCUACAUAGACGGCGUGGAUCCCUCACUUCUAUUCAGGACUCUUUAUGCCACGUUUCACAAAGUCAUCUUCCAAUUUUUACUUACGAUCUUCAUGGUUGGAUGCAUCUUUAAACUUGACAACGUAUACCGCCCCAUAGUUGAAUGGCGAGGCUUCUCUUGGAUGAGUCGAGUGUCUUACAGCGCUUUCUUGGUCCACACAGUUUUCCAAAGAUGCUUACUUGGUAUCCAAAUGCGACCUAUGUACUUGGCUGACUACUACGCGUCUGUAUUGCUACAUUCGUCGAUAUUCAGCUCCUACCUCGUGGGGGCAUCUCUGUAUUUGUUCGUCGAAGCCCCCGUGGCUGCUUUAAUGAAAGCAAUACUAUCGCCCCCUAAACCGGAAACAGCAGAGGAAAAUAAAUAA